UAACCGGCAUCGGGGCGGUGAGGCGCUCUACAUUCAGUGGCCCCCGCUAACGGCGCCGGAUCGCGUCGUACCUUUCGUUACCUUCUCUAGCGAUCGGGACCGUCUCGCCCACCGCCACCAUCGCCAUGCCCGGGUAUUCCAGCGACAGGGAUAGAGGGUUUGGAGCCCCUCGUUUUGGAGGAAGUAGAGCUGGUCCACUUUCUGGGAAGAAAUUUGGAAACCCUGGGGAAAAGCUUACCAAAAAGAAAUGGAAUUUAGAUGAACUGCCCAAAUUUGAAAAGAACUUCUAUCAAGAGCAUCCUGAUGUAGUUAGGCGUACUGCGCAAGAGGUUGAGCAGUACAGGUCAAGCAAAGAAGUCACAGUUAGGGGCCAUAACUGUCCAAAACCAAUAAUAAACUUCUAUGAAGCUAACUUUCCUGCAAACGUAAUGGAAGUGAUUCAGAGGCAGAACUUCACUGAGCCUACUGCUAUUCAAGCACAAGGAUGGCCUGUUGCCUUGAGUGGGUUGGAUAUGGUUGGAGUUGCACAGACUGGAUCAGGGAAAACUCUGUCUUACUUGUUGCCUGCUAUUGUGCAUAUAAAUCAUCAGCCAUUCCUGGAGAGAGGAGAUGGACCUAUUUGUCUUGUGCUGGCACCAACUCGUGAACUGGCUCAGCAAGUGCAGCAAGUAGCUGCUGAAUAUAGCAGAGCAUGUCGCUUGAAGUCUACAUGUAUUUAUGGAGGUGCUCCAAAGGGACCACAAAUUCGUGAUUUAGAAAGAGGUGUGGAAAUUUGCAUUGCAACGCCUGGAAGACUUAUAGACUUCUUAGAAGCUGGAAAGACCAAUCUCAGGAGGUGCACUUACCUUGUCCUUGAUGAAGCUGACAGGAUGCUUGACAUGGGAUUUGAACCUCAAAUCAGAAAAAUUGUGGAUCAGAUAAGACCUGACAGACAAACUCUGAUGUGGAGUGCCACGUGGCCAAAGGAAGUUAGGCAGCUGGCUGAAGACUUCUUAAAAGAAUAUGUACACAUCAACAUUGGUGCAUUAGAGCUGAGUGCAAACCACAACAUUCUUCAGAUUGUUGAUGUGUGUCAUGAUGUAGAGAAAGAUGACAAACUUAUUCGUUUGAUGGAAGAAAUCAUGAGUGAGAAGGAAAACAAGACAAUUGUUUUUGUGGAAACCAAAAGACGGUGUGAUGAUCUUACCAGGAAAAUGAGGAGAGAUGGAUGGCCAGCAAUGGGUAUCCAUGGUGAUAAAAGCCAGCAGGAGCGAGACUGGGUUCUAAAUGAAUUCAAACAUGGAAAAGCACCAAUCCUGAUUGCUACAGAUGUUGCAUCCAGAGGUCUAGAUGUGGAAGAUGUGAAAUUUGUCAUCAAUUAUGACUACCCUAACUCCUCAGAGGACUAUAUCCACCGAAUUGGACGAACUGCCCGCAGUACCAAAACAGGCACAGCAUAUACAUUCUUUACUCCUAACAAUAUUAAGCAAGUAAAUGACCUCAUCUCUGUGCUUCGGGAGGCUAAUCAAGCCAUCAACCCUAAAUUGCUUCAGUUGAUUGAAGACAGAGGUUCAGGUCGUUCCCGAGGUGACCGACGUGACAGAUACUCUGCGGGCAAAAGGGGUGGAUUUAGUAGCUUUAGAGAGAGGGAGAACUUUGAGAGAACUUACGGUGCACUAGGAAAGAGAGACUUUGGAGCCAAAGCUCAAAAUGGGGCCUACAGUGCCCAAAGUUUCAGUAAUGGAACUCCUUUUGGAAAUGGCUUUGCAGCUGCAGGCAUGCAAGCUGGCUUCAGGGCUGGUAACCCUGCAGGAGCUUACCAGAAUGGCUAUGAGCAGCAGUAUGGAAGUAACAUUGCAAAUAUGCACAAUGGCAUGAACCAACAGCAGUAUGCAUAUCCUGCCACUGGUGCUGCUCCUAUGAUAGGUUACCCAAUGCCAGCGAGUUAUUCUCAAUAACUUAGUGUAUUUAAAUGUCUCAGUUUUUCAUAAUUGCUCUUUAUAUUGUGUGUUAUCUCAGAACAGGAUAGUUAUUUAAGAAAUGGGAAACGCAGAAAUGACUGCAGUGCAGCAGUAAUUAUGGUGCACUUUUUCGCUAUUUAAGUUGAAUAUUUCUCUACAUUCCUGAAACAAUUUUUAGUUUUUUGUACUAGAAAAUGCAGACAGUGUUUUCAAAGUAAAUGUACAGUGAUUUGAAAUACAGUAACAGAAGGCAGUGCAUGGCCUUCCAAUAAAGAUAUUUGAAGACCGAAUUUUCUUUCAGAUGGCAAUUUUCUCAACAUGUGCACAACUUUACACUAAUGGAAUGUCAAAUGUUUUUAUAUUAAAUUCUAGAAAGGUU